GUCCCCUGAAUACUUUUCGAACUAGUCGGAAAAAUGAAAAUAAUUUAUUAAUUCUUACAGUUGUAUUGAUACAGACUUUGUCCAAGCUAAAAGGACAUCCAGGGUGAAAGAUGUAACAACCAGCUGACUGACAGUGUGAACUGCACUGCAGACACAGCAUGUCAUAUCCUGGACAGAACCGGUCUGGGGCUGGCUUGCCAGCCUUCAUGGGGCUGUUACCGCCCGCCACUUUAACCCCAAGUCCAGCCUCACCCUCACCCAACCCAGUGGUGCUGCCACUACAACCAGGCAGAGUUCCCUUUGGAGGUCCACCUACCAGUGUGAAUCUACCAGUGGGGUCGCAGAUUCACCAUGGCAUCCCCAUCCCCGUAAUGGCAGUAGCCCCUUUUCAGCCGGAUGCAACCAGUCCACCAACUUCCUCUAGAUUGCAGGGAAAGGAACCAGACAUUCAGCUAUCGCUAAGCAACGAGUCAUCUUCCAUAAGUGCAAGCAGUUCCACAGGGGUUUGGUCAAGUACUGGGUUGAAUUCUUCACAUGCCCACAGUCCCACGGGGGUUUGGUCUCCAGCCAGGGUGAAAUCUUCACAUGCUGUCCUGCAGAGCAGCACGCAGUCCUCCUCAGUCCUUAACAAGCAUUAUUCUUCAUCUUCCAUUGCCUUCAUUGUCAACAGUUCAUCAUCAGUUGCAAAGAAUUCUGAUACAUCGGCUUCAACGUCAAGUUUAAGUUCAUCCAGGAAGGAUUCUUUGAAUUCCAGUGAAUCUAUAAUGCAGAAUAUAGAAACAGAUACUUUUGAAUCUAUGCAUUUGCAUCCAGCGGCUGAACAUCUCCCUUACGCUUUAGCAAUGAAUUUGCGAUCAAAUACCAAUAGCACAGAAAGCCCAACGAAUGUCUCAGUCAGGAUGGGGACAAAAAACACUGCCGGAAACAUAAAUAAUGGCCCAAGCAAGGGAACGCUUUCAAGUCAGAAGAACGCAAGCCCCUUGGCUGCUGUCGUGAGUGAAGCAGAUCUCAUAAAACAAGCUUUCACUCUGAAAUUUCAGGCAAACCCAGCCAAGAAUGUCCCUGAAACAAUAUCAAAAGAACCUCUCAGUGUUCUUAAGACUUUGGAAAUUCCCCAUGACUACAAUAUUGUGCCAAAUUCAAUACAUAGUUCAAAAACACUUUUUGAGGUUAAACCUUCAAAUGUAGUUGAGAGGGAAUGUAAUGAAAGUGCAGCUAUUCGACAAGCGUUCACUUUGAAAAAAGUAAUGCAGAGUGAUCCGUUUAUGGGUCAGAAUUCCGUAGUAGCCGAUGUGGUGCUCAGUGCAAGCAAUGGGGCUCAGCUGCCUGCAUUCAAUGUCCUGCUCGGUAAAACAGAGGCUUCACCUGGAGUGAGAAAUACUGAUCAAUCCAAGAAUGUCCAAACAAUGGCAAUCAAAGAUUGUCAUAACGGAGUGCAAACAUUGAAACCAGUACAUCCAUUCACUUCUGUGAUUCAAAGUACAAGCUCUGUUUGUAAUAGUGUGAACAAUUUGACAAGUAAAAGUGUUAUUAAGGCAACUACGCAGAAUGAAGCAAAUAUGCAGAAUGGUCAAUGUUAUCUGUGCUCAUAUUCAACUCUGGAAUACUCAGACAUAGCCAUAUGGAAACAUGUCCUUGAAAAACAUGUCGCUUCAAAGCGAGAAAAAGUUGUUGGGACUGAUUUUUUUUGCACUCACUGUUACCAACCUUUGCAAAACUUCUCUGAGGUCAAGAUGCAUGAGGCCAUGUACCAUCUAUCAGAUCAGCAGUGCUUCUUCUGUGGUCUCUCCCUGUCCAAUGUCUGUGAAACAGACGAUACACAGGCCUGGAAACAUGUGCUCAACCAGCAUUGUGUGCAAUACAGCUGUGCCAAAUGUGAUGUCAAGUUUCUCACUAAAAGUGGACUCGAAAAACAUUGUAAGGAAAGUGGACAUUUUACUUUGCCAAACUUUCAACGUCAUAUGUUGAUUUGUCCCGUGUGCCAUAUGUACUUUGAUCACAAAAACUCCCUUAAGCAGCAUUUGCUCAAUAUUCAUUCAUUCUGGAAACACUCAAAGACAGAUCUGGUGUCUACCCAGUUUGAAUGUGUUUCUUGCAGCUCAACGUUUCUUACAGAAGAGGCACUGGCGUUCCAUAAAAGUGUGAAUUCCAAAGACUUAAAUGCUGCCCCAGAUGUGGGGGAAAAUGAUUUAAUUGUAUUUGCCCGUAUAAAUUCUUCCAAAAAUGUUACUGUAAUCCAACCUAAACCUGAAUUAAUUAGGGCAUCAAAUGUGCAAGAAAAAAAAACACCUAAAACUCAAGUUGAUCUUGUUAAAUCAAUUUCGGUCCCUAAAAGCAAUCAAAAUCAAGCAAUUGUCCCAAAUGUUUCACACCGACAUGAAGAAAUGAUGAAGAUCUCGGAUACUAUUUUCCGUAACAGUACCUCUAAAAAAAACAGAGAUGAUCGCAACUUUAUUGAGAAGGCAAUGUUCUUGGACUCUGGCCUUGACGAGAUGAGAUUACUUACCCUGGGGUAUGACAGGAAGUUGUCAGACCGGCAGUUGUGUCAAUCCUUGAGACAACGGCCUGGAAAUGGUAACGUGGAGGAAUACUACAGUUUGUGCAAUCUCAGCUAUUUCUGUUUUGUGGACUGUCAGAGUCUGCCGUUGCCAGUGUUUUUGAGUAUAAUGGAUGCAAUUUAUGGGCAUGCUGUGUGCGAUUAUAAGAUUUUGAAACCAUCUGCAAAGGUAAUAAAGCCAGAUGAGAUUUUAGUGGUUGCUCUAGCAGUAAGUAGGUCAGAUGAAUUUGCAAAACUGUUGAGAGAUCAUGACAUGCCACCUCUGGAGAUGUCAGCACAUGUCAUGAGAAAUUUAAUCUGGGCAAUGCAGUUCAGGAAUUCCUUGUUGAGCAAGCAGCAACUUAAGAUGGGGCCUAAUGUCAGUCUUCAACAGAUUGAGAAGGAUUCAGACCAACAGAAGUUGGCACUGAAAAGGCUAGAAGAGGAUAGGAUGCCUCCUUCAGUACAGUAUCAAGGUUCUGCGAAACAAACUUCAGCUCCUUCAGUACAUUAUCAAGGUUCUGCGAAACAAACUUCAGCAGUAAAGGUUGAUCAGGUAGAAAUUGCCAAGUCACCCGUUGAGACAGAGAGGGUAAUAGCACAAGCAAUAGAAUGUGCUGUAACUGAAGAAGUCACAAAAGCCCAAUCUGACAACAGUGUGGGAAAUCAACAGAGCAGCUCUCUGACAGAUAACAGUGGAAAAAAUAGAAGACGCAAAAAACAAAGUAAUGAACCUUCAUCCGAUAAGAAAAAUAAAAAGGAGACAAAGAAGAAAGUGAAGGUGGUUGAUAAAGAUUUCACUCAAAGAAAAAGUUCAAGGCAAAGGAAGGAGAAGAAUUAUAAUGAGGAUGUGAUGUUGUAUUACUCUGAUGAAGACAUAAUAAAGGUACCUUAUCUACGUUUGAAAAAUACAAUUAAUAAAACUACUUGUCAAGCUAAAGAGUGCGCAAAAGACAUAGAUGUAUUAGAAACGUCUGAUAAAUCUGUGCAGAGCCAAAGAAGUUUGACAGCAGAUAAAAGUGACAUUGUUGAAAGCAUCUCGGAAUUACAUGCCCAAAUUGGUGACAAUAACAAUCUUGAGAAGUCUUUGUUAGAAGCUGAUGUUCAUAAUUUUACUGCUGCUGAUGAUGAGGAUACUGUGCCUGCAAUUGAUCCAUACUUUGAGGAGAGGAUGAUGGAUGUGGUAGACCUGAUGAUACCCGUGUUGGAGAAAGAAACUGGGCAGCCAGAUAAUGAGGUAGAUGACUUAAAUGGCUUGUUUGAAUUCAAUGAUUUUGAGCCAGUUAAAAAUACAGAAAAAGACUGUGAAAACACAGAAAUUGAAAAUGUUGACAAAGAUUUUGAGGAAGAGAGAGUGUUUGGUAUGUUAAUAAAUGAAGGAGAGAACGAGGACAAAACAAUACCUGGUAAAAGUUUGAUUGCAAAAAACAUGCUUGAAAAUAAUGAAAUCAUGAAAUGCAGUGAAAGGUUUGAAAUAGAAAAGACAGAUGGAACUUUACUUACUACACCUAAAAAACAAAUUCGCAAAUCAAGAAAGAGGAAGCAUUCUCCCGAAAAUAUUCAAGCAAGUGUUAACAAACCACCUGAGCCAUCAGUUGACACGGAUAUUGCAAUGUUAGAGCCUUUGACUGUCAACACUACCCACCUCCAUGACAACACAGGUCAACAUGGAAUUCUGUCACCCAGAAGCAGAAUCCAGACCAUCUCUCCCAAGACUAAGAGUAAGAUGAGGAAUUUUAAUUAUGAGCCUUGGUGUAUAGAGAUGAAGAAGAAACUUGCAGUAGAAGCAUUGAGUGCACACAGCGAGAGGAUACGAAAGAAACUGUGCAAUCUUGAUGAGUGUUCAUUGGCCUAUUUCGAUGACAGGAUAAAGUGUUGCUAUGUUAAGUUGCUCAAAAUUGAUGGUGGGUUAGACGAAGUUGAUACAUUAAAAGAUGGAGCUCCUGUAGAGGUCAAGAAACGGAAAGGGCGAAAAAGAAAUCACAGUGGUCAUUCUGUUGAGCCAGUGGUACAGUCAAAGUUAAGUGAUACCACACAAGCAGCUGCAAAGACAGGAAAUGAUAAACAUGUAGAGAUGGUGAGAUCCGAAGCAGGAACUGCAGUGAGUGUGAUUGACAGACUUGAGAGAGAAACUGAAGUUAAUGUGAUGGAAAGAUCUGAAGCUGCAGAGCGUUUAUCUCAGUUAAGUAGUGACCAGCCUAUGAUAAAGAAGAACACAGGCAGGCAAACAAGACAGGCUAAGCUAAAGGAUGUUUUGGACACAAGCUACCAUGAGGAUAUUGUUGUGGGUAGUACUGGAGGAUUACUGGAGGCCAAACCACGUACCACACAAGCAGCUGCAAAGACAGGAAAUGAUAAACAUACAGAGAUGGUGAGAUCUGAAGCAGGAACUGCAGUGAGUGGGAUUGACAGACUUGAGAGAGAAACUGAAGUAAAUGUGAUGGAAAGAUCUGAAGCUGCAGAGCGUAUAUCUCAGUUAAGUAGUGACCAGCCUAUGAUAAAGAAGAACAGAGGCAGGCAAACAAGACAGGCUAAGCUAAAGGAUGUUUUAGCCACAAGCUACUGUGAGGAUAUUGUUGAGGGUAGUACUGGAGGAUUACUGGAGGCCAAACCACAUACCACACAAGCAGCUGCAAAGACAGGAAAUGAUAAACAUGCAGAGAUGUUGGGAUCCGAAGCAGGAACUGCGGUGCGUGUGAUUGACAGACUUGAGAGAGAAACUGAAGUAAAUGUGAUGGAAAGAUCUGAAGCUGCAGAGUGUAUAUCUCAGUUAAGUAGUGACCAGCCUAUGAUAAAGAACAACAGAGGCAGGAAAACAAGACAGGCUAAGCUAAAGGAUGUUUUAGACACAAGCUACCGUGAGGAUAAUGUUGCGGGUAGUACUGUAGGAUUUCUGGAGGCCAAAUCAGAAGGCACCGUGAAGAAGCAAUCUGCAAGACAAGCUGCAAAGAAAAGACUUUCAGACAAAACUUCAUUAAAAUCUAUUCAAACAGCUGCAGUGUCGCCUGUCUCUAUCAACAAAGUGGAAAACAAGUCAGUGGAUAGUGGUAUAAAUAUUUCAAAAGACAGAAAUGUCACAACAACAAAACCUGCAGUUGCCAAUAUACCGCCAUCAGUACAGAACUCCGGGAUUCUUGAUGCAACUUUGACAACUUCAGUGCUCACUAAGCCAAUGUUGCAAACUGGCCUUGUAGCAAACCUGAAUUUAAUGAAUACCUCUGCCUCACCACAGGAUAUCUCAGUAAUCACUUCGUCCAUGAUACCACAAUCAAUUUUACAGCAGUUUUCAGGCUUGCUGAACAGCUUGGGAGAAAGCCUAUUGGAAAGUGCUUCAGAAAAGCCGCCCCCACCAAGUCUGUUGACUGCCAGUAUUUCGUCCAUGUUGGUCACCCCAACCCUCCCACCUAUGCCAGCUCUGAUAAGACCAGUUGCCCUGGCAACUAGAACAGAAACACAACCAUCUCAGGGACAUUCUGCUCAGGUUUUGCAGACUAGUUCAGAUUUCAUCAAAAAGCACGUUUCUGUGAACCAGUCAGUCAGUAACAGCCAAAUGAUUACCAUCAAUCCAUUGAUGAAUAUCAAGAAGGAAAAAAAUGAUGAUAGUUAUGUGCAAAGUAGUUCUGUUGGCCGCGUAGCUCCAUCCAUUGGUAGUUAUGGUGUUCAUUCAGAAAAGCCUACUACAGCGAGUCAAGGAACUGCGCCAGCUAGUGGCUCGUCAGUCACUGAUCCCCAGUCUAGUGGGGCCAUGACAGAAAUUAUUCCAGCACGAAAGCCGGCACCAACAAAGGACAGUGGGGUAAGGAUAAACCCUCUUGUGAACAUCAAGAAAGAAAAAUAUGACCAGGGCUAUGAAACAAGUCUUCAGAGCAGUGCCAAGAAUUCUCUAAUUCAUACAUCCACCAUUGCUACAUCGGUGCAAAAUCCUUCAGGAAGCAAACCUUUUCCAGUCAGCGGUCAACAAGAAAGCAGCUUGAAUAAAAUCACACCUGCUGAAAACCAAUCAAAACCACUGCUAGGCCCAGAUCAGCAUGUGAAGAUAAACCCCCUUAUUAACAUUAAGAAAGAGAAGUAUGAUGCUGGGUAUGGAGCAAACCAGAGCAGACCUGGACCUAGACCACCAAGUUUAAAACCCAGCUCAGUCCCUGCCACUCAAAAAGCAUCAAAAAGCAGUGGCAAGAUCCUUCCUCCAGAUCAGAUCGUGCAUAUCAACCCUUUGAUUAACAUUAAGAAGGAGAAAUUUGACCAGGCAUAUGAGCAGAAUCAGACUGCACAUGGGUUACCCAGGUUUGUUGCUCGGUAUCCCAGUCCUAUGCAGGUUCCUGGCUUGAUUCUGCCACCCACCCCAAUGACCACAAGUGCUGCCCCUGUGACUUCUACACCCAAUAAGGUCACAGAGAGUGACAUCAUGGCAGAGGCAAGGAAGAGCAUAUAUGAAAUGUUGUUUGGUUCGGGCGGUAAGGGCAAGCAGUGCACGCCUGUGACCUUGACCUACAGCAGCCCAGCCAUCAAAACAACUCAGGCUACAGCUCUUAUUCCUGGGCAAACUUCAGUCAGCAGCAAAACUGUUACCUCUUCUGAUCUCAACCCAUUAGCUACCAAGUUCCCACCCACAAUCCCAAGUUUGCCCUUGUUUCCAGUAUCCAAAGGCCCGACCACGGCUAUGCCACUGUAUCCCACCUUACUUGUCCAGUAUUUGCCUACCUCGUUCAUUCCACCAUUCCCACCAAAUUUAGUACCAGGCGUAUCCCCCUCUUUAAGAUCACGCAUACCAGCGUACCAACCCACCAAACCAAGCAACUCGAGUGCUGUUUCAAAGUCUGAAGGAGAUUCCAGAAACCAAACUGUCACUGUUUCUACGUUCAACUCUGCAUUGCCAGCUGUCAGCGGGACAACAAGCAAGAGAAUGUUUGCACCAGAGGACCCUGUCAAAAUCAACCCGCUUAUCAAGAUCAAGAAGGAGAAAUUUGAUGCAGGGUAUGAGAGUGCUAAGCCGUCAGUGUCUACUCAACCUUACACUCCUUCUGCAACCCUUGUGUCAUCAACUGUCCCUAGUGCCCACUCUGAGAUCAGCGCUGUCAUUUCUAAGGACCAACAUGUAAAAAUAAAUCCUCUUAUCAAUAUAAAACGAGAAAAGCAUGAUCCAGAAUAUCAAAGUGCUCAGAAUAAAACCGCCACACAAUCGUCUAACAGACGUGCCAACACUCGCACUGUAACCUCCACAGUCAGUUCAAGUAAAACAGCUGCAGCUCAACCUUCCAGAGGUGAUAACAUCAAGAUCAACCCUAUAAUUAACAUAAAGAAGGAAAAACAUGACUUAGCAAACUCCAGAGCUCAGCACCAUCAAAAUAUUGCACAAUCGGCUUAUGGGUUCCCAGUUCAGAACACAGCGCCAUUGAGAGCACGGUUCCCGGCCCAGGUUUCUGCUCCAAGAAUGUCUCAGGCCCCAGGGAACCAAUCUCAGUCCAAGCCUGGCAAGAUCCUGCCACCUGAUCAGAUAGUGAACAUCAAUCCUCUUAUCAACAUCAAAAAAGAGCGUGUGGAGCAAUGCCAUCCUUACAGCUCUCCCCAUGUACCCAGUGGCCCUCAGUACGGACUUAACAGGAAAUCCAGCCUGGCUGAUGUUCUGAGACAGAGCACAACAGCUGUCAGCGUCCAGAGUGGGUCUUCUAGACAGCUACCUGUCAGCGCUCAUAGUUCCCACCCCAGACAGUACCCAGUGGCUAACCUCAGUUCAUCUGCAAAUCGACCCCCUAUGUCUGUUAACAGUUUCUCCCACAGACAUUUUCCAGUCUCUGUUCACACAGGAUCUGCAAGUCUGCUCCCACCGUCUACUUAUAGUGGCUCUAACAGAGAAUUGCCCAGCUCGGCUCACUCGGACUCUCCAAGAUUGUCACAGGUGUCACUUCACAGUUCAUCUCCAAGGCAACCCACAGUGCCCCCAUCCUUGUCCCCUCGACAGCAGGACCAGGACGGCAUCAUGAACAACCUGCUCUCCAUUCUCAAGGACAUUCAUGAGGAGGGCCGCAUACAGGCUGCUCAGCAAACCAACCUAGCACCCCCACCCAGUGUGCAACAACUAACGCCCUACCUUGGGCCUGGACCACCGGCCUUCAAUACUUCCGUGCCCACUGGUCUGAUAAGGAGUCCAUUGUUAUAUGGCAACAUAGGGACACCCGGGUACAACCAAGCAGGGCAGAGACUGCCUGAACAGGUCACAGGGGGUUUGUCUUCGUUUCUUGUACCACAGCCAAUAACCCCGCCAUCGGCGCAUCAGCAGAAGCCCCAGUCAUUUGUGGUGAGAAAUCCAGUUCUUAAUAGUCUCAAUAUGCAGAAUAUGUCAACAACCAAAAGUCAGGGUCAACCAGGGGUCAUGGCCGCAGCUUCGAGUAACCCUGGCUAUGGCCUAGCACCCCCACCAUAUCCCAUUCCUGGCGGAUCUGACAGCAAUAGAAGACAGUAUGGACCGUAUCAAACACCCCCAACUUCUAUUCUCCCAAGUUUGACCAAAUCAAUUCAUAUCUGCUGCCUGCUGCGAUGAACGCUCCGAAUUUUGCAAAUUUAUUACCUGCUCAUCAGUCAUCACUAAAUACCAUCCCACCCAACUCCCAAGUCAGCAGAUCACCGUACUCCCAGUUCCAGAUUCCAGAGUCCUCAGCCCUGAAACCCCCUCAGUCGUCUGGACCCCCUGACUGGAUGUCCCCACCCCAGAGGCCAGCAGACUACCCCGUCCUUGCCCCAGCGCACGGCAGCCUGGACUUUUGGGUUGAGCUUACUAGGACAGGUGGUGCGGGGCAGUUCCAGGACCGGUCACCAGCCACACCUAGGACAGGUGGUCCGGGGCCAUUCCCGGACCGGUCACCAGCCACACCCAGGUUCCCACAGUCACCAGCGGUUCAUGUACAUCCAGCCUUCCCUGCACACAAUGUGGUGCCGAUGAGCCUCAGUGAGUCUCCACUCCUGCCCUCCACGUCCAAUCAUCAGGCCAACCCAAGUCUGAACCCGCACAGCGUGACAGGGCCACAUUUCUCCCAGCAGCAGCAAACGGCUCACAACAUCUCACCGUACCACAGGCCAUACUGACCCAUCACAGGCCAUACUGACCCAUCACAGGCCAUACUGACUGAUCACAUGUCCUUGUGACAGACCAACUAGAAGCCAGGCCAUCUCUUGUGUAUCAUAGUUCUGAAACUUUUUAUUUUAUUUAAUCAUUCUGGUUUUAUAUUUUUUACUCUUGUGUGAUUUUUUCUUAGAAAUGAAUACCAGCACUUAUUGAGUUUUAAAUUAUUUUAUUAAAAAAAACUACUUUAAUAAAGGUAGUUGAAGUUUUAUACUAUGAUCAUUUAUUAAAAGUUUUUAUGAAUCUUAUACCAGGUCCUGUCAGUAUAUUCACUAAGUAUAUUCACCAAUCGAGCUCUAAUAGGGUAUGUUGGCAGGUUAAAUCCAUGUUUUUUGUUGUUGUUUUUAUCUCGUUAUGUGUUUUGCAUUAUUUAUUAACCCUUUCAGUGCGGGAACCGAAUUUUAAAGGCCUUUGCAAACAGUUAGUAUCGAGAUGAGACGCCACAGAACGUGACGUCUCAUCAGGAUCCAAACUGUUUGCUAUUCGGAUAGUAUUCUUUGAAAAAAAAUCGAAGAAAUGCUAAUUUUAGAAAUUCAGCAGACGACAUUUUUGCAGACGACACAUUUCCCAGCAUGCAAAGGGUUAAGGUAUGGUGUAUUGAUACUACAACAUCAUCAUUUAAUUAAUCUUCUGUUAAUUGGACUUGUUAACAGAUUUUAUAAUAUGAAGAAAUAUUGUAAAAAUGUAUAUAAAAACAAAAAUCUUAUAUUUUCAAUAGUCUUAAAUAUUUAUAACAGCAAGAAACAAAGUGGAAUGAAAGAUUUUGCACGACCUGGGAUUUGAAACCCACAAACUAUGAAAUGAAAUCAAAGCACAAUACCUCUACAUCUCUAAGGCUUUUAUAUUUACCAGUUAUAUGUAUUUGUUCAACUAGUGAUGAAAAGCAUUACAAAUGAUUAAUAAUUUUUGAUUGGUGAUUAUUAAUUUAUGAAACAAUAUGCGGAACAUUUUUUUGUUAGAGUUCAUAUGUUUUAACAAAAUGUAUACUUUCUUAUCACAUACCCUGUUUCCCAUGUAAUAUAACAAUUACAUAUUUUUUUAUAUUACACAUGUGUAAUACAACAUUUUUAAGCGUUUUCAUUGGCUUAGUUUUCGUUUAUUGACGCAUUUUGUUAUUUUGC